AUAGCACGGUAGCAUCAUCGUCAGUAGACGAUGAUCGCUCGUUGCCAACGGAUCGUUUUUAUCCGAUAAAGUGUUUUACUUGAAGUCCACUACUCCUUGAUCAUCACCCAUCAAAGAAACAUGUGGUUCUCAUCUAUGAUAAAUACAUUAUUAUUUAUAAAACUCUUAGCUACCUUACCAACACCAUCCAUACAAUUGCAUUCAUUUGCUGGAUCAUGGGUAUUACCAACGAAAGGUGAAAUUUGGCCAAAACCCAAUCAGAGAGUCCUUCAAGAUGAAUAUUUUCUUUUACGACCAUCCGCCUUCGAAUUUAGACCGAACAGACAUAAUUGCGAUAUUAUUAACAAAACUAUCGAUAGAUACAUGGCUAUUAUUAUAACUGAAGCACGAAUAGCAAGAACAAGUGUGACUAAACAAUCCACGGCAAGAGACCAUGAAUUCUACAAAGGAGAACUAAAUAACUUGGACAUUGAAUUAAAGAACCCUUGCGAACACAACGGAGAACAUUGGCCUCAUUUAUUCAUGAACGAGAGUUACACUCUCGAAAUAAAUACAAGACCACAAAGAGCCAUUUUAUCAGCUGAUUCCGUUUGGGGAAUAAUUAGAGGCCUAGAAACUUUCUCACAAAUAGUCGUUCCAUCUGGAGAUGGUCCUGUCUUAAAAGUAAAUUGUCAGACAAUCGUGGAUAGUCCAAAAUUACGACACCGAGGUCUACUAUUGGAUACUUCUCGUCAUUUUCUACCAGUAGACGACAUCUGUACAACCCUAGAUGCCAUGUCUUACAAUAAACUAAACGUUCUUCACUGGCACAUAGUAGACGACAAUAGUUUCCCUUAUCUAAGCUCUAUGUACCCAGAUUUAGCAGCAAAGGGUGCCUAUCACUUUUCCAUGAUUUAUACACCCAAUGAUAUUCAAUAUAUCGUUGAAUAUGCGAGAUUACGUGGUAUUCGUGUUAUACCAGAAUUUGAUACACCUGGACACGUAGCAUCUUGGGGUUUAGCUUAUCCCGAAUUUCUCACCCAAUGUUAUGGUUCUGAUGGUAAUCCAAAUGGUAAACUUGGUCCGAUAAAUCCAAUAAAAUUAGAGGUUUAUGAGUUCAUGAGAAAACUUUUUUCCGAGAUCGUUCGAGUCUUUCCAGAUCAGUACGUUCAUCUCGGAGGUGACGAAGUACCGUUUGAUUGUUGGGCUAGCAAUCCCGAAAUCAAAACAUACAUGCAAGCAAACAAUAUGUCAAAAAAUUUCGCAUUACUCGAAGGGGACUACAUUUCCAGAAUUUUGGAAAUCACCAAAAGGUUGGAAGCCAAAUCUAUCGUAUGGCAAGAGGUUUUCGACAAUGGCGUAAAUCUGCCUAAUAGCACUGUAGUACACGUGUGGACCGGACGUUGGCAAAACGAACUAGAAAGAGCAGUAAAAGCCGGACAUCCGGUUUUGUUAUCCGCUUGUUGGUACCUCGAUCACUUAAGCAAUGGUGGCGAUUGGAAAAAGUAUUACGCGUGCGAUCCCCUCGGAUUUCCGGCACCGCCCGAAGUUAACGUGAGAGAUUUCAUGUUGGGAGGAGAAGCUUGCAUGUGGGGCGAAUUUGUUGAUAGGACCAACAUUCAUACAAGAAUUUGGCCACGUGCAUGUGCCGCAGCUGAACGUUUAUGGACCGAGCAAGCGGAUAGUGUAAAUGAUGCUGCGAGACGCCUAGAAGAACACGCUUGUCGUAUGAAUGUCCGAGGUGUACCAACUCAACCACCUAACGGACCAGGAUAUUGCAUCUUUGAUAAUUAGUCUAAGUUUAUAAAUGAAAUUUCCAUCGAUAAAUUUUCUUACUCAUUGAUAAUAUAACAUCACGCGAAAUGCAUACAUUUUCUAUCUAUUUUUUCAUCUAUUCGUAUAUUUAAAUAAAGUUAACAAUUUCAAUAACAUUCA